AUGGGGGCUGCUCGGUUUGGGACAUUGCUUUUCUUCCUUGCGAACAGGCUGGUCGGUGUUUGCGCCGCUUCGGGGGAAUAUUGCCACGGCUGGUCUGACAGUAACGGCAGCUGGCACGCGGGUUUCCAGUGUCCCGAGAGAUACGAUGGUCAGGAAGCCACCUUGUGCUGCGGAUCGUGUGGUCUCAGGUACUGCUGCUCCCUCCUGGACAACCGACUGGACCAGGGUGUCUGCAGCAACGAUAACAGUGUCCACCAAGAGCCGGGCUCCCACGGCAAGUCGGCAUCAGUUCCUAUGUAUUUGCCGUUCCUCAUCGUUGGUUCCAUUUUGUAGCCCUUCAUCAUAGUUGGUUCAUUCAUUGCGAUUUGCUGCUGCAGAUGCUUAAAGCCUAAGCCAGAGGAGAACCAGCAGGAUGCCCCCACCAGAGCCGAUUACUAGAGGCCCAUUCCUCCAACUGGUAUCAGAACACCUUCCCGCCACUCUACCUCCAGCACCACAACAACUUCAACAAGGAGUUCUAUGGGACGACAGAACAACAUCUGUUCCAUGGGCACGGAUGGUAUCAACCUCUACAUGAACAUGCCUACUAAUUUCCCAGUUGUGGGAUGUCAUCAGGCUCAAACAGUUCUUGCCUUCCCAAUCACAGGAAAUCCCUUUCUACCAGCACAAUAUCUCAGCUAUGGGAUUCCAGCAGAUCAUACAUUAGUAAUGCUCCUGCAUAUGUGGAUAGACCCAGGGUAUGGACAGCAACCUAAUAAUCCUUAUUC